AUGGAAGAAAAGUUAAAUGAAAUGGAACAAGCUGGUAUCAUCACAAGGACAUCAACGCCUUACAGUAGUCCAUUGACAUUCACUCUUAAAAAAGACGGCUCAAUUAGAGUUCUGCUUGAUGCCAGAAGCAUAAAUAAGAAAAUGGUUGCAGAAACAGAGAAACCACCUAUACAAUUAGAUGUUUUGAAUUCAUUUCACGGAGCGAAUUAUAUCACUACCAUUGACUUAAAUAAUGCAUAUUUUCAAAUUCCGAUAAAUAAAGAUGGUAGAAAAUAUACUGGAUUCACAUUCAAUGGAAAGUCAUAUGUAUAUAAUGUUUUGCCGCAAGGAUUAAAAACAUCAGUAGGAAGCUUUAGCAGAGCCAUGAAUUUAAUAUUAGGACCAGAAGUCCAAGAAUUUUGUGUGAACUAUUUAGAUGAUCUAGCCAUUAUUACAACAGGAACGUUAGAUAAACAUUUGGAGCACAUUGAUAUUGUUUUAAGUAAAUUGAACAAAGCUGGCUUAACGUGUAACUUGCAGAAAUGUGAAUUUAUUUGUAAAGAAAUUAAAAUGCUGGGUUUUAUAAUUUCAACAGAAGGCAUAAAGACAGAUCCCGAUAAGAUUCGAGCGAUCCAAGAGUUUCCAGCACCUAAAAAGAUUAAACAAUUAAGGGCCUUUUUAGGUCUAUGCAAUUUUUAUAGAAGGUUUAUACCAAAUUACAGCGAGAGCAUAAUACCGCUCUGUGAAUUACUUAAAAAGGGACGAAAGUUCCAAUGGAGCGGUAAAGAACAGAAGGCAUUUGAUUUUAUAAAACAACAAUUUAUUAAUACAAUACAAUUGCAUCAUCCAGACUUUAAUAAGCCGUAUUAUUUACAAACAGAUUGUUCCGGUGUGGGUAUGGCCGGAGUACUAUAUCAGAUAGAUGAUAAUAAUGAAAUGAGAAUUUUAGGCUAUCAUAGUAAAGCCUUAAAAGGCCCCGAAUUAAAUUGGUCUGUUACUGAACAAGAGUUUUAUGCUGUAAUAAGCUGCCUAAAGAAAUUUGAAACAUAUUUGCGGGGCAGUAAAGUAAUAAUAUUAACUGAUCAUAAAGCAUUAUUGUUUAUUAAUAAUAUGAAGUUAUUCAAUGGUAGAGUAACCCGAUGGAUUUUGUAUAUAGAACAAUUUAAUUAUGAAGUACAGCAUAUAUCGGGUAGACGUAAUAUUGUUGCAGAUGUGCUAUCACGUUAUCCUCCUGAUGGCGAUUUAAUACAAGAGGAUAAAAAUAAUAGUUUAGAAAUUGCUUACACAGAGAGCGAACCGAAUAUUGAGUUGAUAGAAAAAUUAAAAUCCUUAACAGUAUAUCAAUUACAAGAUUCAGAGUCGUUGGCUAUUAUUGAAAAGUUAAAGACAUUAAAUACUUCCAUAAUAAAACAAAACAAUAAAUUUAAAAGGUAUAGUUUGAAAAAUGAUGUAUUAUAUUACAAAACGAAUUUACAAGAAGUAAUAUAUUUACCUAAAGCAUUGAGACAAGAUAUUAUAAAUCAAGUGCAUAUCGAAAUGGGUCAUCAAGGACCCUAUUAG